GGGCCCGUUUCCAGUGUGACGGGACGUUGAAUUUUCCAGUGUUGCGGAGCUGUCCAUGGCGGCCGCGGCGCGAGACCGGCGGCGAAGGGGCCGCGCUCUCGGGGCUGCCUCCGCCGCUGCCGCGGAAGACGACGGGGAGGAGCACCACCUCAACCCCUUCCUCUCGGACGCGGCGCCGACGUCUUCGAGAGUCCAGUUCAGGAACGUGGCGUCGCGGGCGCGGUGGGUGGAGGAGGCCGGCGCGGCGGAGGUGUUGGACAACAAGGGGAAGCUCUGGCUGACCACCGGCGUCACACGGGGCGGCAGGCUCUACUACAAUGUCGAGGAGAUCGGGUUUUUGGCAGAAAGAGGGGCAUUGAUUUUUCUCGAUGAUGAGGGUGCGACAAUAGGAAUGGAAGAAAUCUAUGGAAAGAUUGCAGGAGGAAAAUAUGGGUGCUCCUGGGAUGCCUUUCAGGCUUACAAACACUUGAAGUUGCUUGGCUACAUUAUCGGACGAUAUGGUGUCCCCUGGACAAUGAAGCAUAGCCCUACUUGUGAAACCACUGAUUCCCUCGAGGGUAUGCCUGACACUGACCAGAGUUUCAAUAGAGCCAAUGGUGUCCGCAAUGGCAUCACGAAAUUGCUCGGAGAAAUGCACAUAGAUGGGUUACAUCCAUCCUUUGAAGUGUAUCUACCAAAUAACAAAUUUAGAAAGUCAUCCCCUGGAGCCCCUUGUUUCCUCCUAUCUAUGCUAAGUGGUUAUAAUGUUUUCCCGACCCCGUGCCGCUCCCGCGAGUGGCCCGGGCGUAGCCCUAGACCCUCGCCGCCGCCACCCCUCACCUCGCCUCUCCCCUCCCCCGCCGCCGCCAGGGGCCGCCGCCGGGCGAAGCCCGUGCGUGCGUGCGGCGGUGGCGGCGGGUUUCUUCCCUCCCCGCGAAACAUCCGGUCGGCGCGGAACGGCUGGCCUCGCGGUGGCGUGUCGGGCUGGCGGCGGCCUGGGGGUGGCUCCGAGGGGCGGCGCCGUUGCUCUGCUCCUCCGGGCGGUAACCUUGGCGCGCGGCUAGGCCGGGUGCGGGACGGCGCGCGGAUCUGGCGCGGCUUCGGGCGGGCUCGCGAUGGCCGAGUCGUGCUGCUGAGGUGGGGGACGCCGGGGCAGCGGCCUCGGUCCGGGCUCCCGGUGGCUUGGGCAUGGACGGCGUACGGGCGCGCGGCGGCUCCUGGCUCCGGAUGUGCGCGUGGGGUGCGGAUCGACAGCCGGGCACGGCGGCGGCAGGCGUAUGUUGGGCGCGGGAACCAGCCGGGCGUGGCGGGUGCGGCUCCGGAGCGCGAGGUGUGCUGCGGGCGGUGGACCUGCUCGUCUGCUCUGCUGCUUCGCUUGCGGCUCCGAUCUGGAUCUGGCGUGAGCUGCUUCUUCGGUCUGGUGCUGCUCUUCGCGAUGUGGUGUUGGUUGUUGCGGUGGUGGUGGCUGCGGUGGUGCUGCGGUGGUGGACGGCGGCUUCGGCCAAGGGGUGGUGCGGUUCUGGUCGCGGUGGAUCGUGGGAUCCCGUGGCCGGAGUGAGGUCGGCCUCGGCAGGGGUGGUGGUUUGUUGGUCGGUGGUGGCGGGCGGUCGGCACAUCUCCGGGAGAAAUCCUUGCUCCGGUCUCCACCGGAGCCGACGGCGGCAGCGCCCGCGGGUGCCGUGAUCUUUCUUGGAAGCGUCGUCGUGGAGGUGCGCUCCUCCUCCCCACGGCUUUGGCUCCGGAGGGAAACCUCAGAUCCUCUGGAUCGGGCGAUGGAGGCGUCUUCGCGUCUUUCUCCUCCUUGGGGGCAUCGUCUCGGAGCAGGCAACGACUGGGAGACCGAUGGAUGGCGGCAUCUUCGCCGUGUGGGUUGCGGCAUCUUCGCCGCGUGGUUUGUGGCAUCUUCGCCGCGUAGUUUGCCGAGGCGGCCUUUUCGGGGGCGCUGAUUUCCGUUUGGCAACGAAGAUGGCGUCAAGAGGAACUCUGGUCGCGGCUCGGGCUUCGGUAGUCGGAUCUUCCCGGCGUGUCCGAGGUGCUCUUUGGGGCACGGUCGGCACAAGUCCUGCAUAUUUCCCUUGUGAUGAUCGUCGUCAGAGUCGGAGCUGUCGGCUGUUCGCGCGUGUGGCCUUCUGUUGGCAUGUGCCGUCAUGGUUUCUGUGCAGCUGUUUGCGGGUUGGCUUCGACGAUGAAGGUCUACGGUGAAGUCGGAGUCGCCCGUUCGGAGGUAGCCGGUGAUGACGAUGACGCUUGCGACUGCUCGGCGGAUGUCUUUCCCUCUUUGUAGCUUUGUGAUCCCAUGUCGGUGGCCAGGUUGACCGAUGGUACCCAUUUUAUGUGGGUUGGAUUGUAUCGGUUUUAGCCCGGUUUUCCGUCAAUUAACCGGGCAAUUCUCACUCCUCCUUAAUUAAUGAAAAUGGCAAGUCUUUUGCCUCGUUUCAAAAAAAAUAUAAUGUUCGAGCUAAUGUAUACUUAGUAUAAUUUAAGCUUAGUAUCCAAGCUGAUAGGGAAUUUUGGGUGUCCAAUCAGAUUUUUACUUAGUUGAGCCAUGUCUUGCAAUCGAAAUGUGCAGUCAAUCAUGAUUUCUUGUACUAUUUAUAUGCUUAUCAUAUAUCCAUCAGUCACACCUUAUCACAGGUUCUCAUUUUCGUGACAAACCUUUUCCCAACAGAAUAAAUAGUGAUUCUAAGCAUGGAGUGGGUAAUGAAACACGUGAAGCCACAAAUUUGCAGAACCGAAACAUCAUAAAAGUUAUAGAAGUAGGCAAGGAAACACGAAAAAAUGCCAUGAAAAUAUAUGAAUUUGGGCUUAGCAGUUUGUGGUUGGAUGCAUAUAUGAUCCCUUGAAUGA